CACUGAGGAACAUCCAGCUUCUACAGACCUUCUCGCUCAGCCAUGACGAUGCAUCGCAGCAGUAAGACUCAUCAGAAGUUCAGCUCUCAGAGUGUGUUCGCGUCGGCUGGAGGUUCCUCUGGUGGACUGGUCAUGAACGGUUUUGGGAGCUCAGGCGGCUCUUUGUCUUUUGGUGGGAAAAACUUUAGUAGCUCUUCAGGCUUCGGUGCUCGCAUCUCCAGAUCUUUGUCCACUUCAUCUUUGGAUAUGACUGGGAAUGAGGCCAUUCUGUGCGUCAGUGAGAAGCAAACAAUGCAGAACCUCAAUGACCGUCUCGCAUCUUACCUGGAGAGGGUGCGCUCUUUAGAACAGGAGAACAAGAAGCUUGAGCUCCAAAUUAAGGAGUUUUAUGACAGCAAGAGCCCUCUGCAGAGCAAAGACAUGAGUGCUUACUUCAAAACCAUUUCAGAGCUCCGUGCACAGAUUCAUGGACGUUGUUUGGAAAACGCAGAGCUCCAUCUGAAGCUGGACAACAUCAGGCUUGCAGCUGAAGACUUCCACAUUAAGUAUGAAAGUGAAUUGAACAUGCGUACAAUUGUGGAAGCAGAUUCCGCUCGACUUCGAGGAGUUCUGAGUGAGAUCAAACUGUCCAUUGGAGACCUGCGGAGCCAGUUCACUUUACUGCAAGAGGAACAGGUGUACCUUAAGAAGAACCACAAAGAGGAUCUGCAUUUGUUGCGAGAACAGCACAGCGGCUCUGUUAAUGUGGAGAUGGACUGUGCAGAUCAAUCACAUCUUGACGAGGAGCUGCGGGAGAUGAGAGCUCAGUAUGAGAAGCUAAUUGAGAAAAACCGCAGGGAGGCUGAAAGAUGGUUCCACAGCAAGGCAGAAGUGCUGCAGACUCAGGUGACCACCAGUUCUACUGAAAUCAAGACAUCUCAGACUCAACUCACUGAUCUGAAGAGAACUUUCCAGAGCCUGGAGAUAGAACUACAGGGGGUUCUCACUAUGAAACAAAACCUGGAGAAUACUUUGGCUGAUGUGGGCAUCCGUUAUACGACCCAGCUGAGUCAGCUCCAGUUACGCAUAGACCACCUUCAGGAGGAGCUACAGAAACUUAAUGCCAACAUCCGACAACAGGCUUCUGAGUACCAGAUACUCCUGGACAUCAAGAUGAGGCUGGAGAUGGAGAUCGCUGAAUAUAGAAGGCUGCUGGAGGGAGAAACUCAAACGACCGUCAUAAGCACAUCUUCUUCUUCCAUGACAAAAACUAUGACAGAAACAGAAACCGUGAGCAAAACAGUGGAGAUAAUAGAAGAGGAAGAGUAUAACCCUCAUGUGCAGCGCAGAGUGAAGGUCAUUGUGGAGGAGCUUGUGGAUGGUAAAGUCGUUUCUUCUUCUGUCGAGGAGAAGGUCCAUGAAAUUAGCUGAGAACGCAACAACAACAAAAAAACAACCCUACAUGUAAACUAUAAUGACAAAUGUUAAUGGUAAGAUUAAAAACACUAUAAGAUUAAAUAUUAUUUUGGAAAUUCUGAGAAAAUAAAUGGGUAUUUUAUUCGUAAAGUAAAAUUAAUGUUUCAUGGAUAAGAUGUGAGCAAGAUUCAUUUUACAAUCAUAUUGUACCAUGCAGCCAACUUUAAGAGUGACUACCUUUAUUUUAUGACCCUGGUCUUUGUUUUGGUCUCACUGUGUUUUGUAUAUUCAAUGUAUAAUCACUCAAUGUCGAUGUCAAUUAAACUUUGCUAUGAGAGAAA